GAUGAAAGAAUAAAUGAGCUUUUGAAAUGUUACCACCAUCCACUAGCAUAUCCACAGCCGAAAAAAAACAUUGCUUGCAACAGUUAAAAGCAGAGCAUGGCGACGACGAUCCAAAUCUCUUACAUCAUCGUCACCAAAACCCACCUCAAAGCUCAGCUAGCUAUAUAUAUAUAUAGAUAUCUAUACACGCCUGUCUGAUGACUCAGACUGCAGAGUUAACACACAUGGCUGUCACAAUUCAUGCUUUCUUUCUCUGCUCCGUUCUUCUCCUAAUUGGCGUCUCUUGGCCCGCUGGAGAAGCCGCCCGGCCGCCGUUCGCGUGCGACUCGCUGAACCCGGCCACGAAGGGCCUGCCGUUUUGCCAGACGGCAUUGCCGGUACCGGAGAGAGUGAGGGACUUGAUCGGGAGGCUGGCAUUGGAGGAGAAGGUUAAGCUGCUGGGGAACACGGCGGCGGCGGUGCCUCGGCUGGGGAUCAGAGGGUAUGAGUGGUGGUCGGAGGCUCUUCAUGGGGUUUCGAAUGUCGGCCCCGGCACCCAAUUUGGCGGCGAAUUCCCGGCGGCCACUAGCUUCCCUCAGGUGAUCUCCACCGCCGCCUCUUUCAACGAGUCGCUGUGGGAACAGAUCGGACGGGUGGUGUCGGACGAGGCUAGGGCAAUGUACAACGGAGGCGUGGCGGGGCUGACAUAUUGGAGCCCAAACGUCAACAUAUUUCGGGAUCCGAGGUGGGGGCGGGGACAGGAGACUCCCGGUGAAGAUCCCAUCUUGGCUGCCAAGUACGCCGCUAGGUACGUCCGGGGCCUACAGGGAGACGCCGGCGGCAGUGACCGGUUAAAGGUUGCCGCCUGCUGCAAGCACUACACCGCCUACGACCUCGACAACUGGAGCGGCGUCGAUCGCUUCCACUUCAAUGCCCUGGUAAGCAAGCAAGACAUGAAAGAUACAUUUGACGUACCAUUCAGGGCUUGCGUAAUGGAAGGGAAGGUGGCGAGCGUGAUGUGCUCUUACAAUCAGGUCAAUGGAAUCCCCACUUGCGCUGACCCUAAACUCCUCCGCCACACCAUUCGUGGCAGUUGGGGCCUCAAUGGGUACAUUGUCUCGGACUGUGACUCGGUCGGAGUUUUCUACGACAGCCAACAUUAUACAGCAACCCCUGAAGAAGCAGCCGCAGACGCCAUUAAAGCUGGGUUGGAUUUGGACUGUGGACCGUUCCUGGGUAUACACACACAGGAGGCAGUAAGGAGAGGUAUAUUGAGCGAAGGCGAUGUUGAUGGUGCCCUGGUUAAUACUUUUACCAUCCAAAUGAGACUUGGGAUGUUCGACGGAGAGCUGUCGGCUCAGCCAUAUGGGAACCUUGGGCCGGGAGAUGUGUGCACCGCCGCUCACCAAGAUCUCGCGCUUGAGGCGGCGAGGCAGGGCAUCGUUCUUCUCAAAAAUCGGGGCACAGCCCUGCCUCUAUCCCCGCGUCGCCACCCCACCGUCGCUGUUAUUGGCCCUAAUUCUGAUGUCACCACUACCAUGAUCGGCAACUACGCCGGGGUGGCAUGUGGCUACACAACUCCUCUGCAAGGAAUCAGAAGGUACACGAAGACAAUUCACCAACAAGGGUGCAAAGAUGUGGCCUGCACUACCGACGAGCUCUUCGAUGGGGCAAUUGACGCAGCUCGUCAAGCAGACGCAACAGUUCUGGUGAUGGGCUUGGACCAGUCUAUUGAGGCCGAGUUCAAAGACAGGGCUGGGCUUCUACUUCCAGGACGCCAACAGGAGCUUGUGUCGAAGGUUGCCAUGGCCUCCAAGGGCCCAACAAUAUUGGUCCUGAUGAGUGGCGGCCCUAUUGACGUGUUGUUUGCAAAGAACGAUGAACGCAUUCCCGCCAUGGUUUGGGCAGGAUACCCUGGCCAAGCUGGCGGCCUCGCCAUUGCUGAUAUUCUGUUCGGAACACAUAACCCAGGAGGCAAGUUGCCAAUGACAUGGUACCCACAAGACUACCUGUCGAAGCUGCCAAUGACAACAAUGGACAUGCGAUCCGACCCAUCCAAAGGCUACCCAGGCCGGACCUACCGCUUCUACAAGGGCCCGGUAGUCUAUCCAUUCGGGCACGGGAUGAGCUACUCAAACUUCGUUCACACGAUAGCUGAUGCUCCAACCGUGGUGGCAGUCCCCCUGGCUGGGCGCCGCCGUGGGGCCAACACCACCACCCUCGCUGGCAAGGCGAUCAGGGUGACGCACGCCAAAUGCGGCAGACUGUCCAUUGGAGUACACUUGGACGUGAGGAAUACGGGGUCGAAGGAUGGGUCGCACGCAGUGCUAGUGUUCUCUACGCCACCAGCAGGGCACUGGGCGCCGCACAAGCAGCUGAUUGCCUUCGAGAAAGUACACGUGGCCGCGGGGGCGAAGGAGAGAAUCCAGUUGAGGAUUCACGUAUGCAAGUAUCUAAGCGUGGUGGAUAGGUCUGGAAUUCGAAGAAUUCCGAUGGGCGAACACAGCCUUCAUAUCGGCGAUAUAAAGCACGCCAUCUCUCUUCAAGCUGCCACUCUUGGGGUGAUCAAGUCAUAGGGUUUGUGUGUUCAUUAAUUCAUUCUUGUAUUUGUUUCAAAUGCCAUUGCCAUAUAAUAUAUAGGUGGGUUGUAUUCCGAAGGGAUUGUCAUUCUGAGUGUCAGUGAUAGCUCAAUUGAUAGCUUUAUCAAUUAAUCAAUUGAUUCUUGAGAGAGAAGAUGAGUAGAAGAAUGAGAAAUUGAAAAAGAAAUUGCUCUA